AUGUCUGAGGAACAACAGGACAGUAUAGUCGGUAUCGAAACACCAACAGAAAUCGCAGCCAACGACACCGAGUAUAUUGGAGACAAGACUCAGCCAACCGAAGAGAUUCUGAAUGCUCUGAAUGCUCUCAACCAGACAACCGGUCAAAACGGACACGAACAAUCUCCAGCUCAGCAAGGCAAUGUCAAGCAAGAUACUCCGAGUCAAGAAGCUCCGUCUGAAUGGCAUGUUCUGCGGGAGAAGCUGCGUGAGCAACCUCAUGAUCCAGACGGCUGGAACAAACUCGUCGACCUCGCCGAGGCGCGCGGUGAAAUUGAACAAAUAAAACAGAACUAUGAAGCUCUGCUUGAAGUCUAUCCCAACACGUCGUCCGCUCAAAUUGCCUAUCUCAACCAUUUUCUGAGCCCCGGUCUCUUUCCGUACGCCGAAGAACUCUUCAGAAGAUUCCUGAGAUCCUCUCCUCUAGUCGACCUCUGGAAGUUCUAUCUUACCUACGUCAGACGAGUUAAUACAUCACCGGCCAGUCGCGAAGCUGUUAGCAAAGCAUAUGAGUUUGCCUUGAGCCGUAUAGGCCAAGACAAAGAUAGCGGGGACAUUUGGAGUGAUUAUAUCCAGUUCCUUAAGGCCGGAGAGACAACUACAACAUGGGAGGAACAGCAAAAAAUGGAUUCACUGCGCAAGGUUUACCAUCGUGCCGUUCAAAUUCCUCUUGAAAAUGUCGAGAGGCUCUGGUCAGAACUGGAGACUUUCGAAAAUAGCCUCAACAAGAUAACGGCCAAGAAGUUCAUGUCAGAUCUAUCUCCAUCAUACAUGCAAGCUCGUACAGUGCUUCGUCAGCUCCAACGGCACCUAGGACCGCUGUUCCCUCCGCCGCCAGCUUCUUCGUCGACACGACCGCAUUUAUAUCUUCCUCCUACUCCUACGUUCAAUGCAGCUGAAAGGGCACUUGUCGGGGCUUGGAAAACUUACUUGAAGUGGGAAGAGAGCAACCCACUCGAAUUUGAGGACAAGGAUAAAGCAACCCUUAUUUCACGUAUACAGGGUGUGUAUCGCAAAGCUGCUAUACGAAUGAGGUUUUAUGCGGAAAUAUGGUAUAUGUCUUUCGUGUGGACAAACAGCAUGGGUAAGCCGGAAGAGGCGCUGAAUAUCCUCAAAUCUGGCAUGGAGGCCAAUCCUACCAGCUUCCUCCUCCACUUUGCAUACUGUGAGCUGCAAGAGUCCCGCAAGGAACACGCUGAGGUCACUGCGACGUUCGACAAGUUCCUUGACGUCUUGCGUGCUGAGUUGGAUGAGCUCGAAAAUCGUGUUAAUUCCGCCAACUCGUCUUUUACGUCUGAUGGCUCCGGUCGUACCAAGCGGGGAACGAUCUCCAAUACUUCUUCCUUUGCCACUCAGGCUUCCGAUGAGAAGCCUCCAAAAGUCAAAGAGCUCUCCGACCGAAGACAAGAAUAUGGUGUUGUUUGGAUCAUGUACAUUCGGUUUGCACGACGUGCUCUCGACCUCAAGGCUUUCCGUUCAGUUUUUGCGAAAGCUAGGCGUGACCGAUGGACACCAUGGGAGGUGUAUGAAGCCGCUGCUUUAAUGGAAUACCACUGCAACAAAGAUGGUGGUACCGGCGUGGCAUCGCGUAUCUUUGAGAAAGGUUUGGAAACUUAUGGUGACGAGAUUGAGUUUGUUCUGAGAUAUCUUGGGUUUUUGAUAUCCGUGAACGACGAGAACAAUGCUCGAGCUCUUUUUGAACGGGUUAUCACAGCUUUCCCGCCUGAACGUGCUCGUCCUCUAUGGGAAAGGUGGGCUCGUUAUGAGUACCAGUAUGGUGAUCUUGAGGCAGCACAGAAACUUGAAAAGAGAAUAGCUGAAGUUUAUCCCUCGGAUCCGCCCAUCAAACGGUUUGCUCAACGACAUACAUAUCUGGGAACUGAUGCCAUUGCAGCACGGGAUCUUGGGUUUGCCAUGGCAGCUCGUCAGCCUGCCGCGUUGGGUUCAGCUAGCACCUCGAAUUCUAUUGAAAAGCGAACAGACUCUUUGUUCUCCUUGACGUCAGCUUCGCAUAUGGCCGCCCAACCGCCCACAAAGAGAGCCUCAUCUCCGGACUACAAGAGACGCGAGGGAUCUGCUAGACCCGACUUUGGCCCCCCUAGCAAGCGACAGAGGCCAUCAUCUCCUCCGCCUCGCGACCGUGACCGAGAGAGGUGGGAGGGUCCUCCUAGAAGGCGAUUCGGAAGCCCUGCAGGCUGGGAAAGAGAGCGAGACAGAGAACUGCAGCAUGUUAAAAAAGAACGCGAAGAUGACAAGCCGUCUACUUUGCCCACUGUUAUCUCGUGGUUUGUUGGACAGCUACCUAGCCCAGCUUCCUUUGAUGGCCCCGUGUUCCGAACUGAUGAUCUGAUGAUGUUGUUACGCAAUGCUGUGAUUCCUAGUGCUACCAGACGCGGUGGUCGACCACCUCCGGAUUAUGGACCAUACCAAGGACCUGGGGGAGGGACUCGCGGUGGUCGCCGUUAUUAG